AUGAAAAAAGAAGAUCCAAAUGUUGGUAUUGGACUUGUAGGUGCACCAGCCUGCGGAGAUGUUAUGCGUUUAUCAAUUAGAGUGGAUUCAGAAGGACGUAUUUCGGAAGCAAAAUUUAAAACAUUUGGAUGUGGAUCAGCAAUAGCCUCUUCAUCAUACAUGACAGAACUAAUCAAAGGAAUGAAGCUUGAGGAAGCGUCAAAAGUAAGGAAUAUAGAGAUUGCAAAAGAACUUUGUCUUCCCCCAGUUAAACUACAUUGUUCCAUGCUUGCAGAAGAUGCAAUUAAAUCAGCUAUUAAAGAUUAUCAAUCUAAAUCAAAAAUUCGCUCAGAUGCAUUGCAAAAAAUUAAUACCUUAAAUAGAUGA